AUGUCUAAUCUGGCACAGCAUCCGAGAGAGAAUUCACAGCAAACUCAAUUCGGGCCACAUGCCAAAUCCCAACCCAUGCUGGCGGAGAGUGCUCCUUUUGAGGCGAGCAAGACUGCCCAGCCUUGCGGUCGUCAGCCACAAACAUGGGCCCUUGUUGCGGGCUGUGUCGCCAUCGUUUGGUACCUGGUAGUCACCCUUGUGUGCUGGAUUGGAUACUUUCAGCUACAACGGUACUACUCAAAAGCCCCACAAAAAGCUCUUUCAACGACCGUGCUCUCUCCUUCGAAGCUUCCUCAUGUCACGAUUAUCCGUCCCGUCAAGGGCCUUGAGCCUUUCCUGUAUGACUGUCUAGCUGCCAGCCUCCGUCAAGACUAUCCUUGCGAUAAGCUCACCGUUUACUUCUGCGUGUCCUCGACUCAGGACCCGGCCUACCCCGUCUUGAAAAAGCUCCUCCAAGACUUUCCCCAUGCCGAUGCUCGAGUGUUUAUCGAGUCUGCCUGCAAUGACAACGAACUCGGCCCAAAUCCCAAAAUCAAAAAUAUGAGCCAGGCUUAUCGGGAAGCAAAAGGCGACAUUGUUUGGAUCGUGGAUUGCAAUGUGUGGCUGAGCAAGGGAGUUUGCGGUAGAAUGGUAGAUAGACUCUGUGGGUUCGAUCAGAAAGAUCCCAAGAGCAAGGGGUUCAAGUUCGUGCACAAUCUGCCGAUAGUUGUUGAUGUUCCGGAUUAUGCGAAGCGCGAGGAUGCUAGUCUCUCAGCUACCAACUAUGGAACACUUGACAAUGACUCGAAAGGGCAACACAGCGAUUGCUCUAACAUUUCAUCCGUGCUUUCCCACGGCGGAGGUCGGCUAGAGGAGCUUUUUCUCUCCUCCGCGCACGCAAAAAUGUACUCCGCCCAUCAACACCGUCCUCAUUGCUCCCUGUAUCAUUGGCAAGUCCCAAGGAGAAGACCCGGGAUCGAUUAUUUCUCGGAUAAUAUCUGCGAGGAUCACCUUAUCGGUGACCGUUUAUGGAAAGGGAAGGUCUUUGAAGAGGCCGAACAUAACGAACAAUGGGGAAAACAUAGCCUUUUAUUUGGGGACCUCGCCAUCCAACCCAUGAGUGGAAUGAGCGUUGGUUCCUAUAUUGACCGUCGCGUGCGGUGGCUCCGGGUCCGGAAAUAUACGGUUUUACUCGCAACGCUUGUCGAGCCGGGCACGGAGUCAUUUCUCUGCUCCGCAUAUCUUGCCUUUGGUUUGACUACUGCUGCUCCUGUUUUUUUCCCGGAAUAUUGCUCUUAUUUGGCUACCUGGUCGUCUUUUGUCUACAUAUGGACCCUGAGCAUUCUGUUGUGGAUGCUGAUCGAUUGGACUGUGUAUCUCAAGCUUCACUCCGGCGCUACCGUUGAAGUGGACGAGUAUACCCCGCCCUUUGCACGCCCAAUACCAAAGCCGUCGCUAACCCGUAGGCCAUUCGCAGCGUGGCUUUGUGCUUGGAUUGGUAGAGAAGCUUUGGCUCUGCCAAUCUGGAUCUGGAGUUUCUACGGCGGUGCCACCGUGGUAUGGAGAGACAAGGCCUUUAAGGUCAGCAUGGAUAUGGUAGCCCACGAAAUCGGGCAGCUUUCUCCUGAUGGGAAGAUUCGAGCAAGUUCACAAGCAACCAGCAGACAAGGCCGUGAAGGAUACAGUGAUAGGGGCUCUAAUGUCCGACGAAGGACACCGAAUGGAAGUUUCAUAAACACUGGCCUGGUCACAGCUCAUGCUAUGGAAAGUCAAAAAGGAAAGCUCUAA